CGCAUAAGUAAUAUUUAUUCCCCAUUAUGAGGUAUAUUGUUGUUGUUAAAUAUAUUGUUGAGAGCUAAUAUGUUUUGUUGUGUUUUUGUGUUCCAUUUAUUCGGAUUUAUUUUCGCCACUGAGGGUAAUCCAAUUUACGAUCCGACUUUAUCACGAGGUCUUGAAUUGGACUAUAAUAGCAUUCAAAUACCUUCAAUUAAACCAGAUGGCGAAAUCACAACUAUCACCCCUGAUCCAACUAAAGAAACAAAAUCGACUAUGAUUACAACGCCACCUGUAGUGGAAAAUUCACUCGGAAUAAAUAUACUGUGGAUCGGCCUCGGCAUUGGAAUUUUUAUUUUAGUCUUUAUCGUUCAAACGGUAUGCAUUAUUAUAUACACACGAAAAGUAAAAUCGGCACGUCGAACAAUUGAAGACAUCAUACGUUCUAAGGAAUUAAAUCGUGACGACAGCAAAGCACGCUACAGUAAGACUCCAGGAAAACUGAUAAAAAAUCCUGAGAAUAUCGAGGCGUGUCAUUACGAGUCAUUACCGGAAUUAAACAAAAUAAACAAAAAACCUCCGCCACCGCCCAUAGAGACUCUACCUCGUGUUCCACAUUCAAAUCCAUUACCAGAACCAUUGGCAACACCAAACAUUCACAUAAUACCACCACGGACAGUACCAGUGAAUUAUUUCCAUCAAACAGCGAGCAUGCCAAGGAAUAGAGAACGGCUACCCACCCCUAAGGAAAUUGACUAUGUACGAGAUCCAAAGCCUCAGAGAAGUAGAUCACCGAUGCCUUUACCGCAUGAAGUCACAGCAGUUAAGCCUUCAACUCUACCAUCAAGAUCUCGUAAGAACUCCCUCAAUGUCAGACCAAAGCAUAUUUUGCCGGCUCCAAUAGUACCAGGGGAAAAUCAUGAAUUGCUGUCAAAGUUGAAACGACGAGCAGCGAUGAACGAAUCCACAUCCAGUUCGACGAGUAGUGUGUCACCGCCAACAUUACCUAAGCCUGUUUCACAACAAACGAAAAAAAUUGCACGAGCCCCAAGUCCAAAAUUGCCGAGGCCGAGAUAUGAAAAUGAUUCCGAUGAGGAAUGGGAGAUCGAGCAAUUAAAGCCGUUGAACUUGUACAAUGUUUAAAAAUUUUUUUU